AUGGCGGAGACUGCACCAAACACUAUACAAGGAAACCAUCCUCAGCCAAUCGACGAUAGAGAACAGCAUGUUCUCCAAUUCCUGCAACCUCUGCAUAUUGACGACGAUAUUGUCCAUAGUCUUGCCUAUCAAUUCUCACAGGUGUAUCGCCAUUUGGCACUCACCUCCGAAGAACAGUUCUUACCCACACCCGUGACUGGUCUUCCGACAGGCUCCGAGACUGGUCAAUUCCUAGCUAUCGAUGUUGGAGGCACGAAUCUGCGAGUAGCUUUCAUCGAACUCCUCGGCGAGGGCGCUGACACUGGCCCUUCGACGCAUGGUAUAGACAGAUCGAAGGAAGCUAUUCGCAAUGCUCAACGACCUCGAGUACGUAGGACACUGGAGAAAGCAUGGCCUAUUGGAGAGCAUCUCAAGAUAGACAAGACAGAAGACCUUUUUGCCUGGAUUGGUGACUGUAUUGCUGAGGUAGUUGGUGAUUACUUGAGCAAUGAAGCAGGAACCAGCGCUACACCAGCACAGCUUGAUUUGGGCAUCACAUUUAGUUUCCCCAUGAUACAAGAUGAGCUGACUUCAGCAACGUUGAUGCCUAUGGGUAAAGGUUUCACGAUCACGGAAAAUCUAGACCUCGGAUCAACACUCCUGCAAGGAUAUGACCGUCAUACUAGGAAACAGGACACGAGCGAUGAAGCGUUGUCACGGGCGAAGCGCAGGAGGCUAGGUCCGCUUCCUCGGUUAAGAAUUGCUGCAAUCACAAAUGACACUAUCGCGACUCUGUGUUCGCUAGCGUACUCAGUCAAGUCCUUACCAAAUUCACGUGUUGCAGCUGGAUUAAUUGUCGGGACUGGGGUCAAUGCAACGGUCCCUCUCAGGUUCGACGCUCUAGGAGUGCACAAAUCAGAGCGCAUCCGCAGGAAGGUACCGAUGGCGCAAGCAACUGUCGUCAAUACCGAAAUGACCAUCGCUGGCGCUUCUGAGCCACUAAAGGCGGUUACCACUAAAUGGGAUGAGCAGCUGGACAAGGCGACUGCUCGGCCAGGGUUUCAGCCUCUUGAGUACAUGACAGGUGGCCGGUAUAUAGGUGAGCUGAUACGGCUGAUUUUUUUCGACUACAUGACCAAUGCACAUCAACCGCGAGUGCCCCCGACCUCCUUACCAGCUAUGGUCGUGCAUAAUUAUAGCCUAACAACAACUUUCAUUAGUGCCGUCGUUGCACGUGCAAGGACGGAUGCAGAAUUAGCACGAGAGUUGAAGCAUCGAAUGCCAGCACCAGAGUCUUCGAAUUGGUCAUGGAGUGCUCAUACUGCUGGUGCUCUGCGGAAGAUCGCACACUCGGUUCAAGUCAGAUCUGCAGGACUCAUCGCUGCAGCAACAGCAGGUCUGCUAGCAGCGGUAGGUGAAAUUGGCCUAAAUCAACCUGCAAGUUUGUCAGGCUUGCCGAUAGGAGGGGCUGUCGAUAUAUCCAACGGCAAUGUAGCAGAUCAGAUACCGGAAAUGCAGCCCGGCGACACAAACAAUGGUAGGAGCUGGAGUUCUGGACCAGAAGAGUUGGUUAUCGCAUAUACGGGAGGCAUUAUUCAGCAUUACCCUAACUUCAAGGAACAUUGCCAAAGAUUCAUCGACAAACUCAUGAUGAGACAAGGACCACAGUCAGGUGGAAAGAGUGUGUACCUUCGCGAGUCGCGGGACGGUGGAAUUAUUGGUGCAGGUGUUCUUGCAGGAAUGGAAAGCAUUCGUGUUGGAACAUUGCAAGCUUGA